AACUAGAAAAUGCAAUGCAUUGCAUGGUGGUUGAGAGUUGAGAGAUGUAUUUGUAUUGCAAGUGAGGUUUGGUUUGAAUAUGUUUACUCAUCUCUUUACUUAGUUUGGUGAGUUUGGUGAAGAAAAGAGAAAAAAUGAGUGACACACAAGAAAAUUAAGGAUCUUUUCUAGCUUUAUAUAAACUCCAGUGAUCAUGAUUCUGUCUAGUAGGACAAGUUUUUGGCAAUGGCUGACCUUUGUGAAAUUGAUGAUCUUGCUUCUGCUAGGAUGUUCCUGAAAACCAGCUUAGAUAAUUCAAGAGCUCUCUCCUCUGCUCUACACAAAACUGGCCAAAGAUUGGAGAAGAUAAACCAAAGUUUGCCUUCCCUGAUGGAAUCUGCUGCUCCACUUUGCAAAUUUUGUGCAAUCAAAGACCAGAUUGAUCGUGCCAUUGUCCCUGCCAUGGCAGUAAUAAACGUCUGCAAUGCCAUUCAGGAGCUUGAAAGGUCAACUCUAUCAUACCAUCCAGGCUCUGAUCUUUCUGCUCAUCUCUUGCUGGUUACAAAACUUGAACAAGCAUUAAAAUUUCUGGCUAGUAACUGUGGGCUAGCAAUUCAAUGGUUAGAGGGUAUUCUACAAUUUCUUGAAGAUAAUGUGGUUUCCAAUGAUUUUUAUUCCUUCAAAGUUAAUAUGUGUUUAAGUAUUCUGCAAAAGUUGCAAGGAACUGAAGAACAAGCUCGGCUCGGCAGAGGAAUUCUCUGUGCUGCAUUUUUUAAACUUGAAAUCGAAUUCAAGCAGCUUCUUGCAGGAAAUUGCAGUCCUGCUGCUUUCCCUUUUUUCAUUGGAAAACAAGCCUGUAUUGCUCCAUCACCCUUGCCUGCAGCUGUUAUGCAGAAGCUUCAGGCCAUUAUUGGCAGACUAAAUGCCAGCAACCGGAUUGAGAAAUGUGUAUCAGCUUUCGUGCAAGUUCGGAGUAUGAAUGCAAGAAGAAGUUUAGAAGCUCUUGAUUUGAAUUACCUUGAGAAGUCAGUAACAGAAUUUGAUGAUGUUCAGGAGAUAGAGGGCUUCAUAAAUCAAUGGUGCAAUCAUAUGGAGUCUGCUGUGAAGCAUGUUUAUGAAGUUGAAUACAAGCUCUGCAAUGAGGUUUUCGAAGAGAUUGGAUCAGAUAUUGGGAUGUAUUGUUUUGCUAAGAUUGCUACACAAUCUGGGAUUCUUUCUUUCCUCCAAUUUGGAGCAAGAGUUACAGAAUGCAAGAAAGAUCCUGUCAAGCUCUUGAAGCUAUUAGACAUGUUUGAGUGUCUUGAAAACUUGAGAGCAGAUUUCAACCGGCUUUUCAGAGGCAAAAACUGUGCCGAAAUCCAAAAGCAGACAAGGGAUCUCAUCAGGAAAGUUGUUUGUGGUGCUUGUGAGAUUUUCUGGGAAUUUCCAUUUCAAGUGGAGCAUGAAAGGGGAAGUUCUUCUCCUUCAGAUGGAAGUGUUCCAAGGCUAGUAAGCUUUGUAACGGACUACUGUAAUCUCCUUCUAGGAGAGGAUUACAAGCCAUUAUUGAUCAAGGUUCUAACAAUUUAUCAAAUCUGGAAAAAUGAAGAGUACAAAGAGACACUUGUUACAAACCAGAUACACUGCAUAAUAAAGGAAAUUGGUUUAAACUUAGAUACAUGGUCGAAAGCCUACGACGAUACAGCACUCUCCUACCUUUUCAUGAUGAAUAACCAUUUUCAUUUCUGCAAUUUGAAAGGAACAAAAGUUGGAGAAUUGAUGGGUGAUUCAUGGUUCAAAGGUCAUGAGCAGUACAAGGACUAUUUCAUGACACUUUACUUGAGAGAAACAUGGGGAAAGAUUGUUGCUCUUCUUAGCCAAGAUGAAGAAGGUUCACCUAAAAGUGAUUCUGUGAAGAAGAGACUCAAGGAGUUCAAUCAAGCAUUGGAUGAAAUGUAUGAGAAGCAAUCUAAAUGGGUUGUCCCAAGUGAGAAGCUGAGGUUAAAGAUGUGCAGGGUGGCUGUCCAGGCUUUUGUGCCUGUUUACAAGAGCUACUUGCAGAAUAUUAGCCUUUUAGAACAAGAAGGUAUGAAAUAUACAGCACAAGGAUUGGAAAGUAUGCUUAGCUCUCUGUUUCAGCCAAAGAUUAGAAUGUAUGGCACCAACAAACAAGCCCAUUGGAUUGAUGAAGUGAAAAAUAUAGAGAAAAAUCACUUUCAUCACUUGACUCUUAUGGCUGUGUAACUCUUUCUAUAUCCAUUUAUUGAUUUUUAGAAAUUCAAAUUAAUUGCAUCAUUUAUGAAUUCCAA